AUGUCGCGUUUGUGUUUGUGUGGCGAUGCGGAUGGCCCGAUGCUGGUGACCGCGACGCUGCGGAGCUGGAUGGAUGACACGGCCAGUAACGACUAUACUUACGUGCCCAGUACGAUGCUACAACCGGGGGCGGGUCUAGAUCGCGUUCGACCGCUAGCGUGCGCGGUAGCUCUGUCUGGGUUCGGAGAGUCGGGCGUCUGGAAGCUCAUGUCGCCACAAAGCUUUCGAGGAAUUAACUCGUCGGUAGAAAGGCCUGGAGGAGAGCUUCUUGGGGUGGAAAUUGACUCGGACUCGGUCAAUGUGAAGUCUAUCCUAUCCGAAGGUCUGGUUCCGUUGACGUCCGAGACUGCUUUUCCAAGCGAGCACUGA